AUGACUACAACCAACGGCGGUUAUGCGACUGGUGCCGACAGAGACGAAGCUGAACUGCGCCGGAGAAAUAUCACAACUUACGAGAACGCAAAUGGAGCACAUGUAUACAAGGUCGAGGCCGAAGACAAGAAAAAGCUUCAAAAGCCCGCACCUGGCCUACUGGCCAUUCUUGAUGAAUGGGAGUUCUUGAUUGCGCCCGUUGUCUUCACGCUGCUUGCCUUGGGCACGAGGCUAUGGAAGAUUGGCCUCUCCCCUAUUGUGACAUGGGAUGAAGCUCAUUUUGGAAAGUUUGGCUCCCAUUACCUCAAGCGAGAAUUCUACUUCGAUGUCCACCCACCCCUGGGAAAGAUGCUGGUCGGGUUGUCAGGCUAUCUUGCCGGCUACAAUGGCUCUUUUGAAUUCAAGUCCGGCGAGACAUACCCUCCAGAACUCAACUAUACUUUUAUGCGAAUCUUCAACGCCCUCUUCGGCGUCGUUACUGUGCCCCUCGCCUACUUCACCGCGAAAGAGUUGAAUUUCAGUCGUGCCACUGUCUGGCUUGUCACACUCAUGGUGCUGUGCGAGAACUCGUAUGCGACCAUCUCCCGAUUCAUCCUCCUCGAUUCCAUGCUCCUUUGCUUUACCUUCACCACUGUGGCGUGCUGGGCGAAAUUCCAUCGACUGCAGAACCAGAGCUUUUCUGCCGAAUGGUUCAUCUGGCUCAUUCUGAGCGGCCUGAGCAUUGGGUGUGUCUGCAGUGUCAAAUGGGUCGGAUUCUUCGUUACGGCCUUGUUUGGUCUCUACACUGUGGAAGACCUCUGGAAUAAAUUUGGCGAUCUCAAGAUGCCCAAAGUCGAAUUGGCGAGUCAUGUCGUCGCUCGGGUGGUCGGCCUCAUCGUCAUUCCGGCCAUCGUCUACAUGUUCUCCUUCUAUAUCCAUUUCUUGAUUCUGGAAAAUUCCGGCCCUGGCGAUGCUCAAAUGUCGUCUUUGUUCCAAGCUAACCUACGGGGUACGGAAGUUGGGAAGGAUUCUCCUCUGGAACUUGCAUUGGGCUCAAAGGUCACGAUCAAAAAUAUGGGAUACGGUGGUGGGCUGCUACACUCUCACAUGCAAACCUAUCCCGAGGGCAGUGGACAGCAGCAAGUCACAUGUUACCACCACAAAGACGCCAACAACGACUGGUUCUUCUAUCCCAACCGGAGCCAGCCUCUAUAUGACCCUGAAGCGCCUCUGAGCUUUGUCGCUGACAAACAAGUUAUUCGUCUGGUUCACGCGCAAACUGGUCGUAAUCUUCAUUCGCACAGCGUUGCGGCACCAGUGACUAAGGCUGAUUGGGAAGUUUCAUGCUACGGCAACACAACCAUUGGCGACGAGAAGGAUCACUGGCAGGUUGAGGUUGUCAGCGAUGCUGCUUCUUCAGACCGUUCCCGCAUUCGGACUUUGACUACGGCAUUCAGACUGAAGCACGUAGAGCUUGGAUGCUAUCUUCGCGCCGGAACGGUCAACCUUCCACAGUGGGGCUUCAAGCAAAUCGAGACGACCUGCGUCAAGAAACCUAGUCCUCGCGACGUUUAUACACAUUGGAAUGUCGAGUCUCAUAUCAACGAGCGAUUACCUCCUGGUGAGGCCAAGAAUUACCGAUCCCCCUUCUUCAAGGACUUUAUUCAUCUGAACGUGGCAAUGAUGACCUCGAACAACGCCUUGGUGCCGGAUCCAGAUAAACAGGAUGAUCUGGCAUCCAAGUUCUGGCAAUGGCCUAUUCUUCAUGUAGGCCUUCGCAUGUGCUCGUGGGAGGACCACAUCACCAAGUACUUCUUGCUGGGAAAUCCCCUUGUAUACUGGGGCUCUACCGCAUCAAUUCCCAUCCUUGGCUUGAUUGUGCUCUGGCAUUUGGUACGUUGGCAACGAGGCUACAACGAGCUGAGCCAAAAGGACAUUGACCAAAUCCACUAUGCGGGACUUUACCCGGCGAUCGGGUGGGUGUUCCACUACCUACCUUUCCUGAUCAUGGGACGUGUGACGUAUGUGCACCAUUACUACCCAGCACUCUACUUUGCAAUUUUGGUUGCAGGGUUCUGCGUCGACUGGACCUCACAAAGAUUGAACAACAAGAUUCGGUGGGGAGUCUAUUUUGUUCUGUAUGCCGCCACAAUCGGACUGUUCGUGCUGUUCAGUCCUAUUGUGUUUGGCAUGCAAGGCAGCAACCGGAACUACGCCUAUCUGAGAUGGUUUAGCCGAUGGAGAAUCUCAGACGCCUGA